AUGAACCUUGGUCGAUUAGUGAGGAACUAUAAGAAAAGUCCAGGGGUUAUCACCGGGACGGUGAUAAUCUUGGUGUUAUUGGUUAUAUUGGUGCCAAAUAACUGGGCAUCGAACAACAGACUCGACGCCCCAGUGCCCAUAUCAAAGGACACAGAACCUGCCCAAACCACAAACACCGUGCCCUUCAUGCCCAAAAUGGCCAACGAGACUUUGAAAGCUGAGCUGGGAAACGCAGCCUGGAAACUUUUCCAUACAAUUCUAGCCCGAUACCCGGACACGCCAAGUCCGGACCAGAAGCAGCAUCUGGCCGACUACAUUCGGACCUUUGCAUUGGUGUAUCCCUGCGGAGACUGCGCACGGCAUUUUGCAGGGCUGCUAGAGAAAUAUCCGCCGCAAUUGAGCUCACGGAAAACGGCGGCGUUAUGGGGCUGCCACAUCCAUAACCAAGUCAACACACGUCUGUCAAAACCACAGUACGACUGCUCCACGAUUCUGGAGGACUACGACUGUGGGUGUGCGCAAGACGAAGAGGACGAAUUAAAGGAGAAGGAGACGUCGGACCAUUUGGCGAGCAUAAAAGUGGACUCUACCGAGGAAAUGGUGGGGGGCUAG